AUGACAAACGACCAAAACAAAAAUGAUCAUAUCUUUUCUUACAAUAGGCCAACAUCUCUCUUCAUGUACCCAAGUUUGCAAAACUCGAUUGUUUAUUCUUUCCCAACGUCAAGAACUUCAAGUGCUGCUUCCUACUACCAUCAACUCUCCAAUCCUUUCUCUCAGCAAUACACCAACUCAUCAUCACCUGCUGCAACGGCAACGGUGACAGCACCAUCUACAACUUCAUCAUCAUCAUCAGCAGCGCCAUCUUCUGCUUCAUCAUUAGUACCAAACUUCUACAAUGCCAAUAAUCCAAAUAACCUCAACGUUAACAACACCAUAUCUACUGGCAGCCACAUAUAUGUUGAUGUUAAUAACUAUGGACAGCAGACCCAAUAUAAUUACUUCCCAUAUGAAUCUACUACUGCUAGCAUGGUCGAUUCUACAAGGCUCAAUCCAGCAGGCGUUUCAGAUUCCGUGAAGAGUGGGAUUUCUUUGAAGAAUACUGACAGUCCCAGGCUACCUUCAAUACUUUCAUCUACCUCACCCUCAUUAUUAUCAUCCUCAUCCGGCUCCAACUCAUCACCAUCCUCUUUUACUGCUAUAUCUUCAAGACACUCAUCUUUACUGUCUACAAACUCGGUAUUUAAACAGGCCUUUCUGAGAUCUAAAGCGAAGGAGCAAACUGAGUUGUUAGGUGAGCCUGCUCCAGUUUCACCUAAAACUGAAGAAGUUAGAAAUGAACACAGUCAUAUCAACUCUGCUGAAUACUCGAGAUGCAGAAGAAAGAGAAAGAAGGCUUUUGAGGUAGAAAGACAUUACAGAUGUAAUUACCAGUUUUGCAACAAAGCAUAUGGUACAUUGAAUCAUUUGAACACUCAUAUAUUGAUUCAAAAACAUGGGAAAAAACGGUUACCACAAGAGUUCUCUCAGCUUAGAAAACAACUUCGGAAGGAAAGGCGGGAAAGCCUUAAAGCAAUGAGAUCUCAAUCCACAUUUAAUUCCAAGACUGAGGAAUCGCCUUUUUCGUCUUCUGCUUCUUCUUUAAUGGCAAAUAGCGCUUCGCCUGCUCCGUUGACACCGGCUACAAUGGCUGGUGCCGACUCAGAAACUCCAAACUCGUUUUCUCUAUCUUCCUCCUCUACGUAUGUUUCGCCUGAAAUGUCGAAUAAUGUCCCUUUCAAUUAUGGUUAUAAGAACAUCGGCUACAACACAGGUCCUACAAAUGAUGACGAUUUUUAUAAUGGAGGCGGCAAUUACACCAAUGGCAACAACUAUACUCAGUAUUAUGAGCCAUAUGAGAGAAAUCCAGCUAUAUACCAACCAAAAUAUUUGGGGUAUAGUGGGUUGAACACUCAGAGAUAUGGCAAAGAUGGCAACUCUUUUCUACAGCAGCCAAACUACUUGGCUACAGCACCCACUACUGCUCCCGGUGGUGCUUCCGGAUCAGGAUCAUCGAACUAUUGCAUUAUUAGUCACAAAAACAGUGGCAACUUUGAGGCUGGAUUCUCGAACGCCAACUUUUACUGCGACAAACUAGAUUGA